CGGAUCUCCAGGGACAACACGCACACGAAAUACACCAGUCGAUUGGCUGCCAAACACAGAAUGGACUAGCCGGGAUAACGGGUAGAGCAGGUGAACUGUUGAACCGUCGUGCCUGCUAUUCACUCUGUCUGCCUCUAGAUGUGUUGUUUCGAUGAUUAGUCCCAUCGAGCAAUUCAAAUAGUUUAGGAUAAGGAGAGAAGGUUAUUUCAAGCGUUAUCCGCCAGCCAGCUUCUCUACGUGCUGUUUUUUUCUUACCGUUCUGCAACUCGCUCUACUGGAAGAAGGCAGUGUUCAAGACUUUUAAUAGCCGCGUUUAUUAUCGUGCUCGUGUUAUAUCGACAGGAGGACAGCCUUACAAGUUCACCACUAGAAGCCUUGGAGAGGGUGAGCAACAGGUGUAUUGUUCUGCAGCGGACCCUGCAGGUGUCAUCAGUCAGCAGGAUGCGGGACUAUGAGGGUCCCGUCGUCCACCAUUGACCGCCCCCCUGCUGUAUCUAAACCCGGGUCGAGGACCCUCUCCCUGGACUCCAAGAUGAAGGACACAGGGGAGACAAAGGACCACCAAUUAACCGUUGCUCUGAGGAUCCGGCCCUUGAGCGAAGCUGAGCACGAGGACGCUGCCACUGUGGUGGCCCACCGAUUGGAUGAACAGAUGGCGGUUCUCAUGGACCCGAUGGAGGAUCCAGACGACAUCCUGCGUGCCAACCGCUCCAGGGAGAAGACCUACAUGUUUGACGUGACGUUCGAUUACCUAGCCAAUCAGGAGGAGGUGUACCGCGCCACCACCAAGGGGCUGAUCGAGGGGCUCAUAUCGGGCUACAACGCCACCGUGUUCGCCUACGGACCCACAGGUUGCGGGAAGACAUACACAAUGUUAGGGACCGACAAAGAGCCCGGCAUUUACGUGCGGACGUUGAACGACUUGUUCAAAGCCAUUGAGGAGACCAGCGAUGACAUGCAAUACAGUGUUACCAUGUCCUACUUGGAGAUCUACAACGAGAUGAUCCGCGACCUGCUGAACCCGUCCUCGGGCUUCCUGGACCUGAGAGAAGACUGCAAAGGUGGGAUACAGGUGGCCGGGAUCACAGAGGUGUCCACCAUCAACGCCCGCGAGAUCAUGGAGCUGCUGGUGCGGGGCAACAAGCAGCGCACCCAGGAGCCCACGGCGGCCAACCAGACGUCGUCGCGCUCCCACGCUGUGCUGCAGGUGGGCGUCCGCCAGCAGAGCCGCAGCCGGGACGUCCUGCAGGAGGUCCGCUUCGCCCGCCUCUUCAUGAUCGACCUGGCCGGGUCCGAGCGGGCUGCGCAGACUCAGAACAGGGGUCAAAGGUUGAAAGAAGGGGCUCACAUCAACCGCUCCUUGCUUGCCUUGGGCAACUGCAUCAAUGCCCUGAGUGACAAGAACUGCAACAAGUAUGUCAACUACAGAGACAGCAAGCUCACUCGACUGCUGAAGGACUCACUCGGGGGAAACAGCCGCACGGUCAUGAUCGCGCACAUAAGCCCCGCCUCCCUGGCGUUCGAGGAGUCGAGGAACACGCUGACGUACGCGGACCGCGCCAAGAGCAUCCGCACGCGGGUCAAGAAGAACCUGAUCAACGUGUCCUACCACAUCGCCCAGUACACCAACAUCAUCUCAGACCUACACUGUGAGAUCCAGCGGCUCAAGAAGAAGAUCGCAGACCAGGCUGGUCUCCAGCUGCACACUGACCGGGCCGACAUCCGCAAUGUCCAGGCCGAGGUCCAGGCCCACUCCAGCCAGCACGGCCAGGCCCAGAUGGACCAGCUGAGGGAGCAGCUCCUGGAGGCCUUCCGGCAGCAGAUGGAGAUGAGGAGCCUGAUGGAGCUGGAGAACUCCCACAUGCAGAUACAGAUCGACACCUCCAAGCACCUGCUCACCAUCGCCGACUGGGAGCAAGAGCGAAGUCGUCGCCGUAAGAAGUGGCGCUCCGAGUCGAAGGAGAGCGUGAACAAAGACGACAGCGAGAAGGACUCGGACUCCCCGGAGUCCCCCCCCGACAGCAUGGAGACCCAGGAGGUGGUCCAGGCCCGGGAGAACCUGGUCUCCCUCAUGGCCGAGCAGAAACGCAUACGCAAGCAGAAGGGUCUCCUGGAGCGGCGGUUCCUGGAGCAGCGGGAGCGGGCGCGGCGCCUGGAGGAGAUGCUUCCCCGCAAGGUGAGCUCGGAGGAGCAGCGGGAGGUGCUCAGCCUGCUCUGCAAGGUGCACGAGCUGGAGAUCGGCCACGCCGAGAUGCAGGCCCACGCGCUGCUCAAGGACAACGUCAUCCGCCAGAAGAACUUUGUGGUGCAGCGCUUCGAGCAGCACCGCCACCUCUGCCACGAGAUCAUCCAGCAGCAGAGGCAGUUCAUCAUCGAGCACAGCCUGCUGGUCCCCUCUCCGCUCCAGGACCUGUAUGAAGUGUACAUACGGGAGCUGGACGAGGGGAACCUGGACCGCGCCGUGGCUCUGGACAAAGUCACCAUCGGACAGCCCACCAGGGAGGGCUCCCUACCAAAGAUCACCGUGCCCGGCCGCGGCCGCGCCCCUUCGGACCUGGACUCGGACCAGGACAGCGGGCGCACCGACGGCUCCGGCACCAGGAGGGGCCAGGCCAAGCUCCGCAGGCACACCCUGCCGCCGAUCCUCCCCGACCCGAGAGUGUUAAAGAAUAGCCCCCAUGCCAGGCAGAUGAAGAGCUCUGCUGUGAUGACGCCCCCGCCCAUCCACAUCAACGGGCAUGGAAACAGAGAGCUGCAGCCGCUGGCCCCAGACGGCUGCCUGAGCUACGCCCGGCUCAGCUACAGCGUCAGCAGCCACCUGGACUCGUCCCCCGAGAGCAGCGAGAUCGGCACCGACCGCCCCGCUGUCCUACAAGGAGCGGCAGCAGAUCCUCCGGGGCGUCAGAACAUCGCAGUGAAGGCGGCCCACCGCCGCACCAAGGCCCUGGAGGGGGACGCGCUGCACCUGCCCCCCCCCCCCUCGCCCCUGGACCCCCAGAAGCAGAAGAGCACCCUGUCCCUGCUGAGCGAGGCCGCGGCGCCGCCCGCCGGGCCCGCCCGCGCGCCGGGCCGCCGGCCCAGCCCCGAGCUGCGGCACGCCACCUCGGACGACACCCUGUCCAGCAGCACGGGCGAGGGGCCCCCCGCCCCCCAGGGCACCUGGACCCGCCAGCGCUUCCGCGCGCCCGCCGCCAAGAACCCCACGCCGCGCGAGCCCGACUUUGAGGCCCGCCGCAGGAAGCGCCGCUCCCGCUCCUUCGAGGUCACGGGUCAGGCACUGCCUCAGCCCAAGACCCACGCCGCCCAGAGGUUCCGCCCCCUGGACAGCACGUCGGACCCCCACCUCCACAUCAACGGACAGCCCCCCCCCAUGCUCCGCCCCCAGCUCCGGGGAGUUCCUCCGCUCACCAAAGUCAGGGGGUCCCAAAGCACCCAGCAAACCGGCACCAUCGCAGAGUCCUCCACAGUCCCCCUGACCAACCUGAAGAGGGUGUCCCAGCUGAGGCAGCCGCUCCUCUACAUCACAUCCGGGGCCCAGCGAACACGCAGGCACUGAGCGGCGUGACCCCCGUCCUCCCGUCCCCCCCAUCGCCCAUCACACACGUCAAAAAAUAGAACCGCUCUUAACCACAACCCCCUCGGUAUAAGCAGAACGUGCUAACCGCGCGGGGGAGCCUGCAAGAUGUCUCUUACUAUUAGGAUGCAGAGUAAUCCAACCUCCAGGGAUCCUUUCUAAGGACAGUCGGCCGCUCUGGGCUCAGACAUUAGGCCAGAUAGUACGGCAGUGUUAUGGGCACUAGCUAAACGCUAGCCGUUUGGUCCCGUGCAGGUCCCUAAUUGGCUUAUUUUGGGACUCUGAGUGAUUCCCGGUAGGGCUCAUUGCAGUCCGCUCGCGCCAUCGAGACUAAAGAGGCGUUUUAAUCAGUGGUGUGUGAAAGCUAAUUGUUUUCACAGCAGCAAAAUAUUGUGAAAUGUUUGGGAUACAGAAUUGCUAAUUGGUACAAAAGCCACAUACUUGGUAGAUGAACGUUGUUGACUAUUAGUGACUCAGCUGUAAGUUACUCAGCUAAAUACUAAAGAUAUGGGAUACCUUACAUGCGGGCGAACUGAUCUUUAAGGACAAAAGGGCCGAUAAACAUCACUCUAGAGAUCCACAUCUCGAUAACCAACAGCCAUCCGUAGAACAGCCCCUUCAGUCAUGUUUGGUCUUGAAAUGAACACGACUCAUUCGGCGGUCAUAUCGCUGUACUCAAACAGUUUAAUUCAUUCCCGUAGCCCUUUGCCUUUGUUCCCCACAAACAUGGCUGCUAUGUGUCAUGCUUUUUGGUAAUAACUAUUGCUUACUGUAAGCAAUGGACAUAUAUAAAAACGACUUUGUUAAAUGUGUUGUUUUUUUAAUAUUAAAUGGUUUAUUUAACGGCUGCCUUUUCUUUUGUCACCACAUUGUUGUUUUUAUUUGUUUUCGUAAGUACUACUUUCUAUGCUUUAUUUUGUACAUUCUUUUUUGUAUUCAAAUAAAUUCAAAUGAU